AAACCUUUGCGUGAAGUUUUUCAAUAUUUUUCUCCUAAUUGAAGAAUGUUAUCAAAAUAGAUAACGAUUAUGCGGCAAAUUAUUUAUCUCUCAUGCAGGCUAUUGUGUUAAUUAGUGCUUGAUAUUAAUUCUGUCAUUACUUUAAGUAACCAUGCUGCAGUCGUAGAGGAACCGCGUUGUGUAUUUUUUUUAUAUUAAAAAUGAUUUAUAAUGUUAUGAAUGUUAUGUAACGGGAAUUUAGUGAUAUAUAUUCGGAAAUAUUGAAUAAGGAAGAUGAGGACGGUGGCGUUAAUAAGCGGCGGGAAGGACAGUUGUUACAACAUGCUCCAGUGCGUCGGUGCCGGGCACACAAUCGUAGCACUGGCCAACCUACAACCACAAAAUAAAGAUGAGUUAGACAGUUAUAUGUAUCAAACUGUUGGUCAUCAAGGAAUUGACUUGUAUGCCGAAGCAAUGGGGUUGCCAUUAUAUAGGGAAGUAAUCUCUGGUGUGGCUGUAGAUCAGGGCAGGUAUUACAAUCCUACAGAGAAUGAUGAAGUUGAAGAUCUCUACAGACUCCUUAAAAGGAUUAUGGAUGAUUUAGAUAUAGAGGCGGUUUCUUGUGGAGCUAUUUUGUCUGACUACCAAAGAGUGAGAGUCGAAAAUGUAUGUCAAAGGCUUGGUUUAGUGUGUCUCGCGUAUUUAUGGCGGAGGAAUCAGAAGGAACUUCUACAGGAAAUGAUAGCUAGUGGCAUAGAGGCUAUUAUCAUUAAGGUGGCUGCACUCGGAUUGGACCCUAAAGUACAUCUGGGUAUGACCUUGAGUGAUAUUCAGCCACAUCUUCUAGUCAUGCAGGAAAAAUAUGGUUUAAAUGUUUGUGGUGAAGGCGGAGAAUAUGAAACCUUUACAUUGGACUGUCCAUUGUUCAGAAAGCGACUGGUUAUAGAUGAUAAAGAAUUGGUUAUACAUUCAGAGGAUCCCAUUGCUUCCGUUGGCUAUUUAAAUUUGAAGUUGCAUCUUGAAACUAAAGAGAAUUCCGGUGAACCAACACAACUACCUCCGACUGUUAAAAACUCUUUAGAUUUUGUUAACGAUUUAAAUGAUACUGUAUUUAGUGAUAUAAGCGAUAUAGAACUCAGCGAAUCUGAAUUGGAAUCUAUUGAGAAAUUGGAGAAAGGAAAGGAAGAAGAACUGAAUCAAUUGCUCACAUAUUCAAGAGAGGGGAAAGAUAUUUCUGCAACAUUAGAUGCGGCAGAUGACUCUCAGAUAGACAGUAUCGAGAGUAUAGAAGUUGGAUAUAAUUACGAUCAUAUGUGUAAUGAGAGUAUGAAACAUCCAGUCAUAGACCAUAGAAGUAUCUAUGGUAAUAGACACGGCUGGUAUUUUAUCGGAGGUAUAGUCGGCGAGGGACAUGAUACUGCGCUCGCUACGGAGGACGCUAUGAAGAAACUCAUUAAGUUGCUGGAGUCAGAAGAUCUGCAGUUGUCCGCCGUGAGCUCUGUGAACAUUUACAUGAGGGAUAUGGCGGAGUACGCGGCGCUCAAUGAAGUGUACGUGAACACCUUCAGACUGCCCAAUCCGCCCACACGUGUCUGCAUUCAGUGCCCCUUACCUGACGAUGUAGGACUUAUUAUGGAUGCGGUUGCGCACAAAGAGGACGUCAACCAGAGCCAGGAGGCGGACGGCAGCUGCAAGGAGCGCGUCACUAUGCACGUGCAGGGCAUCUCGCACUGGGCGCCCGCCAACAUCGGCCCCUACAGUCAGGCGGUUAAGGUGGGUGAGGUAGUGAGCACCAGCGGGCAGAUAGCGCUGGUGCCGGGUUCGAUGCGGCUGGCGGGCAGCGGGGCGCGCGGCCAGUGCGCGCUCGCGCUGCGCCACAUCGCCCGCGUGCUGCGUGCUGCCCACCCCCGUGCGCAUAUACGCAGCGUCGUACAGAGCGUGUGCUACGUGACGCACAUCUCUGCGGCGCGCGAGGCUCGGCGACAGCUGGAGCGGCGCACGGCGGGCGCCAUCGUGCAGUGCGCGGUGGUGCCGGCGCUGCCCCGCGGUGCCGCCGUCGAGUGGCACGCCUGGGCACACACUGACAACAACCGCUUCGACUACGAAGAAACCGGUUGUAAUGUUGGCGAAUACAAGGUUGCUAUAACUCGUCGUUGGAACUACGAGAAUACAGUCGCUGCCUGCGUCUGCUAUGUAGCUACUGGUUCGUCUCCAUCUGCGUGUCAGCUGUCGUUCCCGAGUGAGGAGGCGUGCGAGUCUCAUCGCGCGCUCGCGUCGCGUAUGUCGUGCGAACACGUCGCCGACGCGCUCGAGUACGCGCUACGUAAACUCAUCAACGACUGCUACGACCGCGAGCCUCAGCCACUCGUCAAACUCAGGAUAUUCUAUCAGGUGUGGAGCGCGCCGUCACUGGAGACAGUGGUGGAGGGUGCGCGGUGUGCGGCGACGCGAGCGGGCGCGAGGCUCGCACUCACUGCGGCACCUGUCGCGGCGCUGCACAACGCAUUCACCUUCCUGUCUAUCAGCGGACUACGUCUCGACGAGUGACAUUACAUCUAAUCACACAACUCACUUCGCAGGUUCCCCCGAGAUAUGUAACGACGCUUUACGCCAGUUUUCAAUGUAUAUGUGGCUGAAUAUUUUCAGUUUUUAUAAAAUUUUGUUAAUUAUAAAGCUACCAAGUUUUACCGUA